AUGAAGCCCGUUCUUACACUUCUGCCCCUGGCGGCUUCGGCCCGCAUCGCCCCGGGCCCGCCCUCACUGGUCUUUGCUCCCGCCUCGGUCCCAGCCGUGCCUCUCACGCCGGCCAAACCAUGUCUCUCCGAGAACGUGACUCUUGGCUGGGGCGCUCAGGAUUCCAGCUUUGUCAAUGUCACUCUGGACAUGACGCACCCGACUGUGGUCCUCGAGAGCCUCGUCGCCGUCAAGGAGGUUGACUGCGACGCUGCGUCUGUUGCCAUCUCUUUCAGCUCGUCUGAGGGUCUCGACGCUGCUGUCGCCGAGUGGCGGGCCGCUGGCACUUUCGUGCUCAUCACCAACCACAUGGGUGACUGCGAUGCCGAGCUCGAGCGCGGCUUCUUCCUGGGUGGGAGCGUCGCUGUUGAUGCUCAGCGUCUGAUCGCCAAUGUCACCGCCGAGAAGACGGACAUUGCCAACACGGCGGCUAAGACCUCCAUCUCUUUCUCCGGGGUUCCCAUCGACUCCGUUCCCUCCAGGCGUGAAGUUGUGCUGAACAAGAGCCUGACCAUCAACGGCGACCUCAAGCUCCCCGGACCCGUGACCCUGUACGAGUACAAACCAUACGUCAAGGCUAUCGCCAAGUCCGCCGACUUUGGUGCCUCCGUCACCCUGUCCGGUUACGUCGAGUACAUGGUCCUCCAGGGCAAGCUUACCGCAUUUUACGUCGACAUUGACACCAGAGUCGCCGCGGAUCUAGUCCUGGAGCUGGAUGUAUCGGCUGCCUACAACCAGACCUUCAGCUACCAGGCCGGCAAGCUCGGAUAUAGCCUCAUCAAUAUCCCCGGCAUCAUCAACAUCGGCCCCGCGCUGGAGUUUGACAUUGGAGUGGCGCUCGGCGCUUCUGGCGCCGUCGUCGUGACCGGCGAGGUCGGCGCUGCCAUCGAGGACGGCAACGUGCACCUCGACUUUGUCGACGCCAAGAAAACUUCUACCAGCGGCUGGACGCCCAAGUACAACGCCGGCCUGAAGCUCUCCGAGAAGGCUGCCGUCAGCGUCGACCCAUUCCUGGACCUGACUGUCGAGCUCGAGUUUGAGCUCCUGGGGGGUAAGCUGGAUCUUAGUGGUGGUGUCACUGCCCAACCGCGCUUCAACAACGAGUUUACCCUCACGGCGAGCCAGGAGGUCGACCCUACCACUGGCGGUGUCAAGCAGCCUGGUGGCACUUGUGACCAGGGUGUCCGGGUUGAGUCCGAGUUUCAGUUCAGUGUCAUUGCUUUCGCAACCCAGUUCUGGAAGAACACGGUUUACAGGCAAGUCCUUCUGGUCCAUAAGCCGGAGCAAGACGACGAGGAUGGACCUUCCGACGCAACAUUUCCCAGCCGAGCAAAGCUCUCUCUCUCUAAGCUCUGGCACGAGGCGCGCGUCCUCUUCGAAACCUCUCUCUCCGCCCGCGAGUCCCGCAAGGAAGCCCUUCGCGACGAGGCGACGCUCGAGGACACCAUCAAGUCCCUCAAGCAGGCGCAGGAGAAGGCCUCGGCCGCCUACGGCGCGAAAUUUGCUGGCACCCUCAUCGAGUUUAAGUUGGGCCGCGUGCUGCAGCGCCUAGAGUACCUUGUCAAGAUCGGCGACGAGGCGAUGCGCUACUCGCCCGAGACGGCGUCGUACGCGUGGUCGGCCUUUCGCAUGAUCUUUGCCGGCCUCCUCAAGGACUUCGAGGCCUGCCGCUCGCUCGUCGACUCGGUCGACACCAUGUCCAACGUCAUCUUUGUGUGCGAGAUUUACGCGAAGCGCCAGCUGCAGAAGCUCCCCAUCGGUAUGGAGGAGGUGCAGCUAUUGGCGGACAAGAUUCUCGACAAGAUUCCCGUGCUCUUAUCGCUUGUUUUGAAGUUUGCCUAUGAAACGAGGAAGCUGGUACUGGAUCAUUCUAGCUUCAGUAAGCCACAGACCCGAAAUGAGAAUAUGGACACCUGGCUAACAGCGGGGGCAGGACGAACGCUCUCUGUUAUGUUCGGCGGCUCGGAAGAGCUGCGCGAUAUCCUUCGUGACACCAAGACUAAAGUCGACGAGCUGCACAAGAUUGCAGAUAUCUCCUUUCGCGAAGCGGCGAUGGAGAUCUUGGUGGAGGCACAGCAAGAUUCCACAGCCGCCCUUGAUUUUCUCCAGGCCACAAAAGAGGAGUUCUUUCCUGCAGUCAGAGCCAUCCAGAACGAGCAGAGCCAGCAGAAGGAGGCACAAGUGAGGAUGGAGCUCGAGAGAGAGCUGGAUGAGCUAAUGCGAUGGCUCAAAAUGGGGACCUCGGCUGAACUCGAGCUACCACAGAAGUUGCUCCAGGACAACCUUGAGAGACGACAUCCCGGCACCUGCAAAUGGAUUCAAGAGGACGAGAAAUUCAAGCAGUUCUACUGGCCGCCCGCUGAGAGAAAUCCUCAUCAUCUUCUAUGGAUCAUGGGCGAUGCGGGCUUCGGUAAAUCGGUGCUCAUGUCCUCAAUUGUUGAUUGGAUUCAAAGUCAAGGAACCCCCGACGGAAGCGAGAGACCUAUUUUCCUCUACUUCUUUUGCAAGACUGGAAACGACUCAACGCAGAAGGGCCACAGGAUCAUGCUACAUCUCCUUAUGCAGUUGCUCAAUGUCAGCAAAGAACCGCCCCAGGACAGCAAAGAGCCCGAAAAAUCAUUUAAAGCUCGCAUGCAAAGAUGUGUCGAGGCAGCAAAGCAGGCUCGCACUAAAGAGGUCAAAGACUUUCAGAUCGGGGACUCUAUGCAACCACUUCUUAUCGCGUUGGCUCGCGUAUUAGAACGGCCAGUGUACAUAUUGUUAGACGCGCUGGACGAGUGCAAUGACUGGAAUGAAGGCCUUCUUGGUGCGUUUGAACAGACAGUCGCACCAGGCGCUGACAUUCGGAUCCUGAUUUCGAGCCGACCGGAGGAUAGGAUAAGAGAGAAACUGGACAGGUGCCCAUCUGUUACUCUUACCAAGGAUGCCACAGCUAAAGACGUCGAGUCGUACAUAUUGAGUUCGCUGAAGCGGAUCAAGCGCUUCAGCAAGUCUGAAAAGACUAUAGCCGGCUCGAUUAUUGCGACGAAGGCCGAUGGCAUGUUCCGUUAUGCGGGUCUUGCAGUGGAGAGCCUCAGACAACCCAAGGCUGUAAUGACGAGUUUCCAGAAGCUCAUGCAGCAGUUUCCCGACGGCAUGGCUGGGCUAUACAGGCAGGAAUUAGACAGCCUCGAUUCCGAUCUUCGCCACAUGCUCCUAGUCGCGCUUAGAUGGGUUGUAUGUGGCGAAGGACUCAUAUCCACUGAGACAGUUGCCGACGAACUUGAACAAAAGUAUGACUUCGAUUUGGACACGGAUGAGGAGGAGGAAGAGGGUGGUGGUGACAGUGAGUCCAUCGCUGCUUCGAUUAACGUCACCGCUAGAGCAUCUACUCAGCUUGUUGAAGAUCUUGAAAGCAUGGUGGAAGUUGACGUCAACAGUCAAGCUUCUGAUGAUACAGCUCAGCUAGGCAGGGACUCGAUCAACAUUCUCAAAGUUGCGGGUCGAAACUUUCUAAAGUUCGACCAAGAAAACCACAUAUCCAUUCAACACACCUCAGUCCGAGACUUUGUUCUUAAUGAGUCGAAGUAUCACCAGCUUGGGGAGGCGCUAUGCCCAGGCGCUAUGCCCGAGAUGUCGAGAACGCAUUGGUGCUUUGUCUGCUACCGAGGCAAGCCCAAAGCAGGGGCACUUAUCCUUGGCAAUUUACUGCUAUUGGAGGCUCAUGGACAGUUCGUGGCCGACCAAGCAAAUGCGGUUGAGAAAGCUGAAGAGCCCGCGGAGGAUGAGGGCCCUGAUGAUCUGCAGCAGUCCGCCCCCCUACCCGGUAAAUCAAGUGAGGACCUCCCACAAGAUUCGAGGCCUACAAAUGAACAAGGGACAAAUGGCGCGCCCUCAGUUGAAAACCAGCCACCGACUAAUAGCGAGGACGAUCACUCACCAGAGCAUGCUCAGGUUGGUGAUAAAGAUAAUGACGACUGGGAAUCAGUGACCUCUGUCGCUACCUCUUUCGCUGCCUCUGUCGCUAGGUCUGCGUGGUCUGCUCGUCUGAACCCCUACCUCAAGACCGUCAAUUCUAGCAACGACACUAUAAAACCGAACCUGCGAUACGAGCUUACACAUUGGCCAUAUCACGUUCGGGAGGCAGAACGACUAUGGCCUCAAGACAACCGUGACGAGCAGGAAUGGGCAAUACUGUGCCGGGAGAUUGAGACUUUUCUGCACAGCAACCCCGCAGUUCUCAAGACAUGGGAGAAACGCGUCCUGGGCGGGAGAGAUUUGAUCAUUUUUGACAUCUCGUUACAUCGUGCCGAUUGA